AUGAAAAUUUUGGAGAUUAACUUUUUUGAAAUUGACAGAAAAAUUACUUCAGAUAGGGACGAGCAACCGAUGCUAAUAACUAAUCUAAAGAAUGAAAUUAAAAUUUUAACAGAAAAACAUAUAGAUAUUAGAGCAGAACUGGAACUGAGUCAGGAACAUUUACUUGUAAUGGAGAAAACUAAAGAGGAACUAAAGGAAAUCCAAAAGAGAUUGUUAAUUUCAAUUGAAACCCUAGAAAAGGAUAAAGAAACCUACGAAAACGAGUUGAUAGAUCUGAAAUCGACACUUUGUUAUCGAAAAAACCCGAGAAAAAACCAAAUGACCACAAGUGUGUUUGACUUAGAGCCAGGAAAACGCCUUUCAAAAAAUGUAUUAAAUAAACGGGAAGUGCAAAGUACUUCUUCGAAAAACAUAUUAAUAUUAGGCGACGAAGCUGCUAUUAACUUAAAUAUAUGA